GAAGGAUAAAGCAUCAAAUCCAUCCACACAUUUUUCCCUUCCUCGAGAAAGCACAAGCGGGGAAAAACAUGGAGGCUGGCAUCCUCCAUUCCCUCGCUCCUUGUCCGAAUUCGCCACCGCCGUCCGUCUUCGCCUUGACAACCUCCUCAACCGCCGCCGCCGCCGCAUCUCCUCCCCUCCUCCUCCUCCUCCGGCGCCGGCGUCGCCUCGCCGCCGUCACGGCCAGCGCCACCGGAGGCUCCGGGAACGACGAGCGGAGCGCCCCCGCGCCGCCGGUGACGCCGCCGGACAAGGUGGAGAUACGGUUCCGGAGGGGGUCGAGGAGGAGGAGGCAGCAAAGUGAGGACGGGGCGGGUCGGGUAGCGGCAACGGCGGCCACGGAGAGGGCGCCGCCGACGCCGAAGAGUUGGGAAGAGAUGAGCUUGGUGGAGAAGGCGUUGGAGCUGUACGUGGGGGAGAAGGGGCUGCUGUUCUGGCUCAACAAGUUGGCCUACGCCUCCAUUUUCGUCGUGAUCGGAGCCUGGAUCCUGUUCAGGUUCGUGGGUCCUUCGCUCAAUCUGUACCAGCUGGACACUCCUCCCCUGGCGCCGACCUCCAUUUUAAAGGGCUGAUCGUAUCCAAAGCUCGCGCUCGUUUCUGCUCCUGAAGAGCAAACAGAUUCGAUUUCUCCCUCCCUUGCUUUCCCCCCUUUUUUGGUCUUUUCCAGUUCGGCACUAGUUGGUCUAUAGAGUGGAGAUGUUUAUAGCUAUUGUAAUUUGGAUGAAGAUCCUAAGUAUAGAUUGCGAUCAGCUCAUACUUGUGCCGAAUGCAUCGACCCGAAACCCGUAAUGCAUUGAUGCAGCUAGAGAACUCGGAUUAAUCCUGACCAACUACCGGGUUUUUGGAUCGAGUUGUGCAAAUUUGACAGUACCAAGUAGAUAAAAUAACUGAAGUUGUGAA